AUGGGAAAAAGAGGAAAAGGAGGUUACGACGCGGAUAAAAACGGACCGUGGAUUUUCAAAGGGAAAGCGUUGUACCAACUGCAUUUGGUCAAAGUCUCGGAGGCGAUCAAAUCCGUCCCGAGCGAUCUUCAAUUAGUCUCGUUGUUCGGGUACACUUUAGGCGGCGUAUAUUUGGCGAGGUAUUCGGAGUCGCCGUGCGGCGCGUUCGACGAGUUGGUCGUUUUAGGAGGUUUGGUGUGGAAUAAACCGCUCUCGUGCGCGUGGGCGAGUCGGGUGUACGUGAACAACGAGGCGGCGAGGAAACACGGGGUGAAGACGUGCGGGUUGCCCAGUCGGAGGGCGGAUUUUAAUAGCGCGGUAGUUGUAGGGAACGACGACGGAAAUGGCGGCGAGAAAAAGAAGAAGCAGUUGAGAAGUUUGGCGACGAUUUUGUUGCCUGGAUUUGGGAGUUUGCAGACGACGGGAACGAUGAAUAGGAAUAGCAAUACGAACAGCAGCAGAACGCACCAUCCUUGGUGGCGACGAGAGGAAGAUGAAGAACAAUAUCAUAAUCAACAACAACAUCAUAAUCAUCAUCAUCAUUCUCACGUCGUCGACGUCUCCGAGAGUAAGAACUCAAAAUGUUGCACGAUGCGCUUACCGAUGGCGCCGAAGAAAAUAGUCUCGCCGCGAAUCAAAAUGUUUUUACCUUCGUUCAGCGGCCGAACGAAAACGUGCCCAGAGUUGAUGAAGUACUCUUUGGAGAUGAACGCGAACGUGCGCGUGUCCAAACCGAUCGAAAUGAUGGACGAUGAUGACAACGACGAAAAUGUUGCAAAGAAGGGGAAGACGAACGACGUCUUGAAUGGUGUCUUUAAAGGCAAACCGGUCGUCUGCAUCGCGUUCGAGAACAUGCACAUGUCAGUCGGGAAACCCAUGAAGUUUGAUUUAGUUUAA